UCAAAGAAAUUUGGAAGGGAUGCGGUGGUGGGCUCUUCGGCAGCUGCACUGGCAAAGAAGAAGUGAAGAAAUUGAGCUCAUUUAACUUCUAUAUAAAGCGUAUUACUCCAUUCUUCUUCAGUGCACUGAACCUUAUAGCUGCUCAUCACCAUGAGGAAACCUGCUUCAGUCGGUGCUUUGUUGGUGCUCAUAAACCUCGCAACACUUUUGCUUCCUUCCCUUGCUUGCCCUUACUGCCCUACUCCAACUUCUCAUCCUCCGCCACCGCCAGCUACCACACCGUGCCCUCCACCGCCUCCAAAGAGCACACCUGCCCCUCCUCCUCCAAAGAAGAACCCGAGCCCUCCGCCACCGCCGCAUAAGAAACCAACGUCACCGCCACCACCGAAGGCAACUCCAAGCCCUCCUCUGCCAUCAAUAUCGCCACCACCACCACCCAAGGCAACUCCAAGCCCUCCUCAUCCAUCAGUAUCACCGUCACCGCCACCACCGAAGGCAACUCCAAGCCCUCCUCUGCCAUCAAUAUCACCGCCACCGCCGCCAAAGGCCACGCUAAGCCCUCCGCCGCCUAGCGCCGUGCCGUGCCCCCCUCCACCUCCGCUGACGUCAUCAUGCCCCAUCGACACCCUGAAGCUCGACGCGUGCGUUGACUUGAUCGGGGGACUGGUCCAUGUCAUCAUCGGCGGGAACGUGAGGAGCGAAUGUUGCCCGGUGCUGGAAGGGGUUGCCGACCUCGAUGCAGCACUGUGCCUCUGCACCACCAUCAAGGCCAAGGCCUUGGGCAUCACCCUGCUGCUCCCCAUCGCGCUUGAGGUGCUGGCAGAUUGCGGCAAGCACGUCCCCUCCGAUUACCAAUGUCCGGCAUAUUAAAUGAAUAAUUAUGAAUUAAUAAACUGAAACCUAAAUAUGUGUUGAACUCUGCUAUUUCAUAUUUAUAUUUUCAACUAUCAA